AUGGAAUCCAAGAGCGUCAAAUGUUUUCUUAAUGCCAAAACAAUUCUAGUCACCGGUGUAACCGGUUUCCUGAGAAAAAUUUUUGUGGAAAAGAUACUCAGAGUUCAGCCAAAUGUGAAGAAGCUGUAUCUUCUUCUGAAAGCUAAGAAUUGUGAAUCUGCAAACCAACGUUUCAACGAUGAGAUUAUAGGAAAAGACUUGUUUACAUUGCUGAAGGAAAAUCAAGGUAUAAAAUUCAACUCCUUUGUCUCUGAAAAGGUGACUAUAGUACCCGGAGACAUUUCACUAGAAGACUUGAAUUUGAAGGAAUCAAUUCUAGAGGAGGAGAUUUGUAAUCAAGCAAAUAUUAUUGUUAAUUUGGCUGCAUCAACUAAAUUUGAUGAAAGAUACGAUGUUGCAUUGAAUAUAAAUGCAUUAGGAGUCAAGAAUGUUUUGGACUUUGCCAAAAAAUGUGUUAAACUAGAGGUGGUUGUCCAUGUUUCAACAGAUAAAGUUGCUGCUAAGGAGGCUAAGAUUGAAGCAUUAACCGUUGAUGGGUGA